AUGGCAGAAGAAGUGCAAAACGUGGCUGAAGUAGUGCCGGAAGAACCGACACCAGAAGCGACGACUCCGACCGACACUUACACAAUUGAAGUUCUACAAAUUAUUAAAGAAGCCCAGCAGCAACAUGGUUUACGACAUGGGGAUCAACAAAGAUACAGAGGUUACUGUACAAGAAAGCUCAGAAGAAUACGUAAAUCUGUUCAUUUUGUUCUGGGUCAUAGAAAUCGAUUUAAUAACAAGAAAAUUACUGAAGAUAUUAUGAAAGAUUUCAAAACCACACAUAUGUCACUGAGUGAGAUUGGCGCUUAUUCUGCAUGGAUGAAAGCAACAUUACAUUUUGAGUUGAGUGAAUGGCAGAGUGCUAUUGAAUUAUUCAGUAAAGCAAAAACCAUCUACGAGAAACUUGGAGGAGCAUUGGAUGAUGAGCAACAAAUUCUUUAUAAACAGCGAGUGGAAGAGAUAGCGCCAAAUAUACGAUAUUGUGCGUAUAAUAUUGGUGAUGAAACUGCCAUUGAUGACUUAGUGCAGAUGAGAUUGAAAUCGGGACCGGCUGGUGAACUCUCUUCCAAUCUUGAUAUGCUAAUUCAACAAACCCGUGAGAAGCAAUCAGCAACUCUGAGUGAGGUCACCUGGAGAGGGCGCACUGUUGGUGUCAAACAGGAGCAAAUCAGAGUAUUUUUACUGAACGUGCAACAAAGUGAGGAUGAAAUCAACAAGGCGACAGACUCGGAAACCAAAAUAUCGGUUUAUGAUACGCUAUUACUCGAGUGUCGUGAUGUGAUACAAGAAUUACGAGAUGAAAUCAAAGCGGAUCCAAAACAGAAAACUCAGAAAGCAGACGGCAGGAUAUCUAAUUUAGAGUAUCUUCAUAGUUAUGUGACAUACAUUAAAAUAAGUAAGACGAUAGAUCGCAAUAAGCUAAUGGUAGAAACCAUGAAAGAUAAUUUACCUGGUGGCGAAGUACAGGAAGGAAAGAAGAUGACCAAACCGCAGGAUAUGAUACGAUUAUAUGAUAUUAUAAUUCAGAAUUUGACGGAUAUUUCUCAACUUCCCGGUUUAGAAGAUGACGAUAAGUUAAAAGAAGAGAUUGAUUAUGAAAUUUUAGUUAAUAAAGCGUUUAGAUGUUUUUAUGUUGCUCAGUCGUACUCCUUUGUUAAAAAGCGAGUGGAGGCCUCAGCAUUGUAUGAAAGAGUUCUACAUUACACUGGCAUAGCAAGAAAACAAUCAAAAACUGCAUCAGGGCAAAACAAUAAAGAUUUGCUGACUAAAAUAGAGGAAUUGACGAGGAUAGUGAAAGGAUUAAAAUAUUCAAUACAUGCAUCCGCUAUAUUAGAUACACAAGACAUGACAGAAGGCGUGUCUCAACUAAGUGUACAGAACAACAAACCACUUAUAGACCGACUUGAAGAAUAUCGCGACGACCCCAGCCUGCUGACGCGUAAACCCAAUCUAGUCACAUUCCCACCAAACUUUCAACCAAUCCCAUGUAAACCGUUGUUCUUUGAUAUUGCAUUCAAUCAUGUUGAAUUCCCAUCACUAGAAGACAAGGUAGAACAGAAGAAAGCGGCGGGUGGUGGACUCACUGGCUUUGUUAAAGGAUGGUUGUGGGGUGGAAAGAAAUAAAGCCUGAGGCAGGCCGAACAGCUUUGAUAUGUUGCGAGUAUCGGCUAUGACAACAAAACGGUUGCCAAGCAAACAAAGCAGUUAUAUUUUUUUUCUGUUGUAAAUACUGAGCAUUACAGAAUUGGACUGGAUGAAUACAACUGGUUGGGUUAUGAGCACAGAUUGUAAAGAACUGUAUGCAUGAAUUGUUACAUGGAGGAAAAUACCACUAAUGUUAACGUAUGAAAUAAAAUUCACUCGGCAUUCAAUGCGUUUCAAUGGUCAUUAUGACAUUUUGAAUCAACAUGUAUUCUUGAAUUCAACUGCAUCUCAACCUUGCAAAAUGGGUCACAAGGGAAGUUGUAUUAAAAUCAAAGAAAAUCACUGAAUUGUUACUGUACAUCUAUAAAGUGCCCCUAAAAUACACUUAAACCUGCAGAUGGCCAAGCAUCGACACAUUCAACGAUUACAAUAGAAUAAGUCUGGGGAGGGGGUCUCCUGUAUAUCUUAUUUGCUCUAUUGGUAGUGCAUGCUCUUAUGUGAAUGUCAGUGUAAGGCCUGCUUAUUGCUAAUGAGAGUGCUCCCACAGAACUCGUAUUGGAUGGGGUACUUUAACUGCUAGUAUGGGGUAGCCAAGACAAUAGUACUGGAAAUGAAAUAUAACAAAAAAUGUCAGUGUAAGGCCUGCUUACACCUAUGACAGAGGGUUAUGUAUGAUCAUAAGUAAAUGCAAUGUUUGGUUUACAUGAGUGAUGAUAUACAGUAAAACACUACCUGCAUGCGUGCGUGCAUUGUUACCAAAUUGACAAACUAAAUUAACAAUCCAUGCAUCUGCAACAAAAAAAAUAUCCUAUAGUUAAAAUAGAUUUCAUGUUAAAUUCUCUGCAUCUUGAAAUUGAAAGGUGAUAUUGUAGUGAAUAGUCUGUCAAUCUUUAUGCACGAGUCUUUGCACAUGGGUACCAUGAACACCGAAUAUACGUCAAUAUGAGCUGCACAACUGCUGGUGCUUUAAUUAAUUGCUUGGCUAUACGAUCCAAUGAACUAAAAUAAACUAUGGAAAAAAAUUGUGCAAUAAGGAUUUAUAAUACAAGGGUGUGUUAUGCGAUUAAGAUCUCGUUCACAUCGUCAGAAUAUCACAUAAUUGCAAAUGAAACCUAAAUUUCUAGAAAUGCUGAUGCAAAUUAGUCUGAAAGAACCGAUUCAUGCUCAUCGCAAAUCGUUUUUUGGUAGUGCAUAGUGUGUAAUAUGUACACUAUACGUUUUUAAGUAAUUGAAGAUUUCCAAGCACCCAUGGCGUUAAAAUAUACAAACUUUAAUACAUUUUACUAGAUAAAUAUUAAUUAAUAUUAAGGGAUUUAGUAGUUUGCUGUUAAUUAUGUUAAAUGGAUGGUGAGAUACGACUAGUUCGAACACUCAUGGUGACUGUCAGAAAAUGUUAUGCUAUGUACUACUAAUGAGCCAUUACAGUAUUUGUAUGAUUUGAUGUGGAUGGCAGAAAUCUAUUGAGUACCAAAAUAGUAUUACUAAUAACACAACUUGUAACUCGUAUACAGUGCACGGUAGAAACAUGUACCCAAAUUUCCUAAUGUUAUACGAAUGUACCUACCCCCAGCUUUAUUUAAAUCAAAUAAAGAUUGGCUCCAGAGCUCAACAUUGUGUAAUCCAUACUUCGUGCACAUAUGCGACGUAUCAGCAACUACUAAUUCAUGCAAAUUAUAGUUUUUGCCAAUUGACUAUGAAAUAACUCGUUAUGUUUUAUACUUUUAUUGUCGGUAGGUCAAUUUGACUUCCAACAACAAUUUUGAAUUUAUAAAUAUUUCAUACAUUUGUAUUUAUAAAAUGAUUAUAAUGUUCACGGUUUUCUGCCACGCACUGUAUCCAGGUGACAGUCAGUGUAUUUAUAAAUGUACACAUGUGCAGUCAUUGACUUUGAACCCCAGUUGUCUGGUGAUCCAGUGAUCAGGGAGUUCGGAUGCUGAAUUUUAUUUACACUCUGUUGAUAAUAAACAACUAUUCAAAGCUA